CAAACUGCAACUCCCAGCGGCCCCCGCAGCUUCCGGUUGGCAAGAUGGUGGCGCGCAGGAGGAAACGUGGGGCGCAGGGCUCCGAGCAGGGGAUUCCGAGCCCGCCCGGGUAUUCAGCCAUCCCGAUCAAGUUCUCGGAAAAGCAGCAGGCUUCUCACUACCUCUAUGUGAGAGAACACAGAGUUCGAGAAGGCACCAAGUCUUCCUGGCCUCAGAAGCGGACCCUUUUUGUCCUCAACGUGCCCCCAUACUGCACAGAGGAGUGCCUGGCCCGCCUCCUCUCUCCCUGCGGCCCCGUCCAGUCUGUGGAGUUACAGGAGAAGCCGGACCUUGCUGACCGCUCAGAGGAACCAAAGUCCAAGUUUUUUCACCCCACGCCCGUUCGGGGGUUCCAGGUAGCCUACGUGGUGUUCCAGAAGCCAGGUGGGGUGUCGGCUGCCUUAGCCCUGAAGGGCCCUUUGCUGGUCUCCACAGACAGUCACCCUGUGAAGAGCGGCGUUCACAAGUGGGUCAGCAACUACACAGACUCGGUGCCGGACCCUGAGGCCUUGAGGGUCGAAGUGGACACAUUCAUGGAGGCGUAUGACAAGAGGAUAGCUGAGGAGGAGGCCAAGGCCAAGGAGGAGGAAGGGAUUCCGGACGAGGAGGGCUGGGUGAAGGUGACACGCCGGGGCCGGCGGCCAGUGCUACCCCGGACGGAGGCGGCGAGCCUGCGGGUGCUGGAGAGGGAGAGACGGAAGCGCGCCCGCAAAGAGCUGCUCAACUUUUACGCCUGGCAGCACCGAGAGACCAAGAUGGAGCAUCUAGCCCAGCUGCGCAAGAAGUUUGAGGAGGACAAGCAGAGGAUUGAACUGAUGCGGGCCCAGCGCAAAUUCCGACCCUACUGAGCUGAGUUGGCCCACGGGCCCCACGGAGCAGAACGGUGAACGGUGACGGUGCGCGGUUGGUGAGGACGCAGAGGUCUGGAACAGCUCGUCCCAGGCUGCCCAGGCCGAGGGGCUACCGUGUCAGCCAGCCCCCGAGGCCGGAGUCCCCACGGAUGGGGUGAACGACAGCUCCUCCCUGGGCCCUGGUGCUUCUGCAGUCUCGGGACCCCAUGCUGGCGGGGCCUGCCCGGUGCGAGGGCUUGUCAGGACGCCACCAGCCUGGGGAGCGCUUGCUCCCUUCUCAUCUCUGUUCCCGGCCUGUUCCUGGACUCUCCUCUCAGGCUAAGUGUCUGCUGUGUUCUCCCCUUCCCCCAUUGGAAGGGCCCCCGCUGGCAGCGAAACGGCCUCGGAAACAGUGCGAAUACAGAACAUUUUAUUUUUCAUCCA